AUGCCUUCUGAUGAGACUGUUGCUGUCAACGUUGACGAGCUCCGCAACACUAAGGAUGCGGUCCUUCUUCGGUUGAUGGGACUUCAAACUUACAUCGCCGACCUCAGCAAAGCAUACAUUGAGCACACUAACAGCGUUAUUAACGGCGAAUCUGCCGCUAUCAACUUGCCCGCUGUCCCGACUCACUUGACUGGUCAACUUGAUGGUGGCCUUCACGCCCAGAGCCCUGGCGUCAAGUCCGAGGCACCCAAGAAGCGCAAGCGCGCACCCGUCGACCCCAAUGCACCAAAACGUGCCCUGACCCCGUACUUCCUGUACAUGCAGCACAACCGCGGCAAGAUCGCCAAUGACCUUGGAGACAAUGCCCGUCCCAAGGAGGUUGCGGAUGAAGGCACCCACCGCUGGCAGAACAUGCCCGAUGAGGAGAAGGAGGUCUAUAAGCAAAUGUAUUCUGAGAACUAUGAGACCUACAAGAAGAACAUGGCCGCCUACAAGGCCACCAAGGCUGCUGACAACGACCCUGCUGCCAACCAGCUCCAGCAAGACUUUGCUGGCGCUGAAAACUCCCGCGAGACUGAUGAUUCCUCUUCGGAUGAAUCCGAGGAGGAAUCAUCGCCCUCUCCCCUCAACCUCCCAAGGCCAAGACCCCUCCCAAGACCAGCAAGCGCCGCAAGACAAACCUCGCCAGUCAAGAAGCGAGGAAAGGCUGCUGCCGCCGCCGAGCCAGCAUCGGUCAAGGCCACCCCUGCCACCAACAGCCGCAAGGGCAAGAAGCGCAAGAGUGAGGCUUAA